UGUAAAAAAAACAACGAUACGUAUCGAUAUCCGUUUUUAGCUUGUAAGAUACGACUACAUCGAUGCGUGAAGUCCCGCAUCGGUUUUAAAAUGACACGAAUCGGUUGGUGCCCCGAUUUAAAAGUUAUGAACCGAUUCACAAGUGUUUUUCUCUACGUUAAGUUGCUAUCCGAAACCCUCACUCACUGACUUGGUGCAUUUGAGCUCAGUCACAACAAUGACAGCCUGUCAUUGGCCAAAGCCCGCAUACCAUAAGCCUAUCAGGCGUGCCGCUAUCCCUUUGAAUAACGCAACAUAUGUUGACAUUAAGUCUGUAGUGAAAUGAUGUCUGACCACAGCGAACCCAUUUUCAAUGCGCCAUCGACCCUCCGAUCAAAAGUUUGGAAGACAUUUGGCUUCUUCAAAAAAGAAGGUAAACUUGAUAAAAGUGAAGCCGUAUGUAAAAUAUGUAGGGCAGCAAUUAAGUACACUGGCAGUACUACAAAUCUCAGCACACACAUCUCGAGACGCCAUGCCAGUGAUGUUGAACUUGAUGCCAGCACUGCAUCGACCAGCAGCAGCACCAGCAUAACCCCAGACUACAGAAAUAUAACUCAGUUUCUCACUCAAUCACAACUGAGUUACAAUUCAGCGAGGGCUAAGUCAAUAACGAUGCGUGUGGCUCGUUUCAUCGCCAUGGACCUAAGGCCAUACAGCGUCGUUGAAAAUGACGGAUUUCGCGAACUGCUUAGAGAAUUAGAGCCGAGGUACAAGAUACCAAGCAGACAGCAUUUCAGCGAAACGUGCAUACCCGAGCUGUACAAAAAAACUAAAACUGACCUUAAGGCUAAGCUCUCAAGUGCAGAACGAGUGGCAAUAACUACCGAUGCCUGGACAUCACGUGCAACGGAUUCAUACAUUACGAUAACCGUGCAUUAUGUUAAUCUGGAUUGGGAGUUGGCAAGCUAUGUUUUACAGACGAGAGUCUUCAAUGAGUCACACACGGGGAAAAACAUCGGGGCUUUAUUGAAAGAGGCAUGUCUUGAGUGGAACAUAGAGGAUAAAGACCCAGCACUGGUGACUGACAACGCGAGAAACAUGGUUGUGGCGGGAGUAGAGGCCGAGAUGUCCACUCACCUUUUUUGCUUCGCGCACACAUUAAAUCUGGCUGCCCAGAAGGCCUUGCAUGUGACCACUGCUACGAAGGUGCUUGGGAAAGUGAGGAGGGUGGUUGGAUUUUUCCACCGUAACAUAGCGGGUGCUGAACUACUGCGACAAAAACAACAGCAAAUGGCAUUGCCCUCCCACAAGCUCAUCAAUGACGUUACUACCCGGUGGAACAGUUCCCACGACAUGCUCGAACGUUUUUUGGAGCAACAAUCGGCAGUUUUUGCCACACUCAUGUCAAGGGAGCUCAGAAAAGGAGAAGAUGUAAGCGCUCUUACUGAAGGAGACCUCUGCAAUGCUGAGGACAUGGUGAAAGUGAUGGCACCUGUCAAAGUUAUCACCACAGUUAUGUGCGAAGAUGAGCAGCCCACAAUUUCGUUGAUUGCCCCCUUCAAAGCAAAACUAAAGAAUCACUUUGAGGCCACUACUGAGGACACAGGGCUCAUUAAGGAUAUGAAGAAGGUGUUCCUCGAAGAUUUUGUUAAGCGGUACACAAACAUUGAAGACCUGUUGUGUACUGCAUCAGCUUUGGAUCCGCGCUUCAAAACCCUGCCUUUCCUCAGUGACCGUGAGACCGAGAGGAUCUUCUUGUCCAUUACAGAUGAAGCUACAAACCUGCAUGAUAAGAAAGUAGAGGAGAGCCAUCCCAGUCCGAGUGAUAUUCAAGAGCCAGAUCAGAGAGACCCAACAUCCGUCCAGUCCAGCCCAGUCCAGGUCCAUGAAGAACCAAGAGGUGAUUGUCCUCCUUGUAAAAAGAGGAAAAGUACAGCACUGGACCAGCUGUUUGGAGAAACAUAUGUGGUAAGACCAUCAAGAAGCUCCAGGGAGAAGGUCAGCGAGGAAAUCCUGAGGUACAGAGAGAGAAACCUUUUGCCCAUGAAUGGCAAUCCACUGGAGUGGUGGAGAGCACAGGUGGACUUACCAUUGUUGUCAGAUAUUGCAAAAAGAUACCUCUGCAUACCAGCUACAAGUGUAGCAUCAGAAAGAGUUUUCAGUACCGCAGGAGAUAUUGUUUCCUCUCAACGCAGUAUACUUAGGGGUGACCAUGCCGAUCAAUUGAUUUUUCUCAAGAAGAAUCUUAAAAAACUCGAGCACAAAUGAAUUAUUAGGAGGUAGCUAAAGGAUAUCAGCAUACACUAAAUGUCCUACAAGAACAUACAUCUAACUUAAAGAGGAAACUGAAUCUAAAAAAAAAGGGAUUGUAUUAGUUCUACUUAUAUAUUUUUUUUUUCUCCUUAUGCUGUGUUUGGCAGCAAUUUGUGCCAUUACAUUAAAGUAAUAAUCUAGGCCAAGAUGGCGGUUUUGGUUUAAACAAAAUUAGAUAUUUCCUAUUGCUGCUUCUUACAGUUCACAGCUUUACUUCGUGUUUGCAGUGAUAUUUCCUAGCUUCUUACAGUUCGCAGCUCUAUUUGUGUUCUCAGUGAAAGGUUGCACAUGUAUUAAUUGGUAUAAUGAUACCUUAUCUUGAGUCUGUAUGAUUUGCAGAGGCACUUAAUUUGCAGAAGCAUUUAUUCUAAAUAUGAGAAAAGGCCAAGGUCUAGCUCUGUUUUAUUUUAUUUUUGAAUUGUCAUCCAUCAACAAGGGACUUCUUUGGGUAUAGAAAAUAUAUUUUAUUUUACUAUUUUAUUUAAUAUUUAAAUAUAAUUUUUUUGUAUUUCCUUAUGGUGUAUUUAUUUGGCUGCAAUGUGUGCCAUUACUGAAAUGUAUUUUUUUUUUGUAUAUGUGAGACAAACUACAUACAGACUAAUUUCACAAUAAAAUGUUUGUUCAUAUUCAUUGAACAAAUGAAAAGAA